AUGUAUACCAGUAAAUGCUUCUCUUUCCCUCUAAACAACUGUGGGAAAGUUGCAGCCUCGCUCCCUUUCUCUUGCUCCCUUGUGUCCGCACUUCAGGCCCCGGAACAUCAGCAAAGGGAAUGGGUGCUUGUCUGUAACACCAUCUACUUAACCUAUAGCAAGAUUAUUUUAGAGAGCAAAGGAGCUAUUUUCGGGCAUUUAGAUGCCAUCCUGGCCUUGAUCCUGCAACAUUACCACAACUGCAUUUUGGAAAAGGAUAAGGACCUGAAGCUGGAUUACCUGAAUGCCCUCAUCAUACUGACAAAAAUCCUGGGCAGCCAGCAGCACGUGUCCUUUCAAUUCAAGUUCCCCCACAAGCUAGCAAUUGUAACCUUCAUGGUGGAUCUGUUUAAGGAGACCAUGCAAUCCCUCCUAAGACUAAUGGAGACACUUAUUGUUGAGAUGCCCACCCGGAUCCAGAACUGCUUGCAGCUUAUGAACCCAUGGCUUAAUUCCCAGAAGGACCAUGAGCGUGAACGGGCCAUGUGGUGUACUGCACGGAUUCUUGGAUUUACGGCAAAAAUGGAGGACUUCAAAAUGGAAAUUGAAUUCACCCGGCUGGGGCGCUUGGUAAAGCUGCUGGCCAUGCGCUGCCAGGACCCAGUGGACAACAUCUGCUUCCUGUCAUCCCAGGCAGUAUACAACCUCUACUGUAUCUUCUCGAAGAAAAAACAGAUGAAGAAGAAAAUGCAGGGCUUGUGGGUAGAAGAGGACAUGAAUGAAGUGUAUAGUGCCAACUUGUUCUAUAACAACACCUUUGAGAUUGCCGAGGCCUUUGCAGAGUACUUCACCCAGACCCAGCUCACCAACCUGGUGCUGACGGCCAUGGAGGAGCUGACUGGCAGCAGGGCUAAGGUGUCUCUGGCUGCAGCCCAGUUGAUGAGUGCUGUCAUGAAAAAGAGGGGCACAGAUUUGACAAAGGUUGAGGAAAUUGUGGCGGGCAUCCUGGAACGGCUCAAAUUGCAGCUGGAGCCCAACACAAAGGAGGAGAUGCUUCGGGCCCUGUGCUUGCUGGCAGGCAACAGCACUGACAGUGUUGUGCCCCUGCUGCUGAACAGGACCCUCCCUUGGGAUAGAACCAUUCUGGCCCUGUGGAAGGUGUUCGGCACCGAGCGAGAGACCACAAUCAACGUCCUGCAGCUGCUGAUAGGCAUCCUGGAAAACCACUCCACAGAGGGAACGAGGGAGAUAGCCCUGCAGCCCGUGGAGGCAGCAUGUGCCUUGUGUGAGAUGCUAUCGGGGUCCCUGUGCCGGGAGGCCAUCCAGGAACUCUACCCCCGGCUAUUGCUGGCUGUGCUAUGUCAUCUCUACUGGGUGAUUGAGCAAAAUGCUUCCCAGAAAAUGGUGGUCUACAGGAAGGAGGGGGGCUCAGGCAAGACUUUUGACCCUACUAGUUGUGCCCUAGAGGUGGUGAAGCUGGUGUUAGCAGCUGCAUAUGAUGGAGUGGUGGUCUAUGCAGAUGAGCAUAAGUGCUGGAAUCUUCUGUCCUGCCCUAAAUUUUACUACAUAGGGAUCAUGGAACUGACAAGCGGCAUUGUGAAGAACUGUGAACCAGUCAUGCUGCACCGAAUUCUGAACCUUGCCAAGAACCUCCUCAACAGCGUAAAUAAUCGUCAGAAGAUCUUGGCCAGGACCAUCUAUGCACAGCUCCUCUGGCAUCGAUCAGUGGCUCAGACUCCGGGGCAAGACUUUGUGGGCAAUCUAAUCAAGUGGAUUAAGGAGCCAAACCUCAUCAUGAAAGAAAUUGGACUCCGUGGAAUCAGUAACCUGGCACUGCACCCAAGACAAUCACAGUCUCUGAAGAGCCUGGUUCCAUUCUUGCGUGACUUCGUAAAGAGUGAGGCGCGAGUGACAGUUCAGGCAGUGAAGGCCCUACGGAACAUCAUCUACCAUGGGCAAGGAGAGGAGGUCAAGGUGGUGUUCUGCAGCAUCUCGAAGCAUCUGCGUCCACUCAUCAAUGAUGAGAGGGACCAGGUGAGGAUCACAGCCAUCUCUGCCCUUGGGCACAUGUUACAUAGAGUCAACCAAUUCAGGCCUGGAUACGCCAUCCAGAAACAUCUGUACAGUUUUUUAGUGCCGCUGCUGCUUAGCUUUCAAGACAACAACACCGAGGUGGUCAAGGCCUGUGGAGCAGCCCUGACUGAGUGGACUAAUGUGAUUGGCUGGUCAUCCUUCACACAGAUGUUUCAACAUACCACCCUCAGUGAUCACAUCCAGGUGUUGGAAGAAACAUGCAAGUACCUGGUGAGCACAUGCAAAAGACAAUUAGUGGGAGAGUUACUGUUUCAGAGCUUCAGCUUCCUGAAGAGCUCGCAGUCCUUCCUACGGACAGCUGCAGUCCAUUUCAUAGGAUUAAUAGCUGAGAAGAUAAACCUGCAUUACAUACAUGAGGAAGAUGUGCAGCUGUUACGAAAUGCUCUUGAAAGUAUGAAGAAUGAUCCUGUGGAAUCUAACCAGAUUUUGGUGAAUACUCUUCUGCAAAAUAUUGAAGAAUAUGUUAAUCCUGCGGACAGCACUACUUCCAUUAUAAGGUAUUGUUAG